CGUGUUCCUUAUUGGUAUGAGAUGAGAAACGCAUGAAAAGAAUUUGAAUCGCUAAACGCCGUCCUGUUGACUCUUCUGCGGCCGAAUCGUCUUUUUCUUCACUGAAGCACACUCACUCACUGCUUAUUUUCAGCGUGAGCUCUCAGCUUCUCUUGUGCCGAAAAUCAAAACUCGUGAUCCUUUCACUUUUUCUUCUUUCAUCUAGUAAUCGAGAGUCUCUCAGAAAAGCAUACCAAUGACUUCGUAUGAAUCCCUGACCUUUUACUGUUCUUCCCAAGAGGAAGACUUCGAUGAUGCUGAUAUGGAUGAUGGGGAUGACCAAAAUGAGCUUCCCAAUCCCCAAAACUUGUCCAAGCUUUCCGUCUGCAGUAGCAGUGCCUCGUGCGGUGCCGAAGACAGUGACUUAACCAUGUACUUCUCCAACUUGUCCAUCGAAAGUUUCGAAGGGGAAGGCGACGCGGACGAGGAAUUUGCUGGCGGCAACGAGCUUCCCGGCGGGUUGUCCUCCGACUCUGAAAUCGAAUUGGGUGGCUGUUAUUCGUUGCCGGCCAAGUACUAUGCGAGCGACAACGAGAGGAGAAAGAAGAGUGGUGAGAAAAUGAGGAAAAUUAAGAAGAAGGAAAAGAAAGAGGAACAGGCGAAUCAAGGGAUGAGCGGAGAAAGUGAUGAGAGCGGAGGAGGGAGGGGGUUGAUGGUAAUAACGAGGCCAAAAGGCGGAAGGAGAUCACUGUGCAUGGACAUGGGGGAGGUGAAGGCAUGUAAAGAACUCGGGUUCGAGUUGGAGCACGAGCGAAUGCUGCAGGUCCCAUCUCGUCUUUCUCUCUCCAGUUCAAGCCUGGACAAUAGUACUGGAAGUGGUGGCAAUUCCCCUAUCUCGAAUUGGCGCGUCUCUAGCCCUGGUGAUGAUCCGCGAGACGUGAAGGCACGGCUCAGACUGUGGGCACAAGCGGUUGCCAUGGCAUCUGCGUCCAAACACGGCAAUUGACGCCCAGUUUUUCUACUCUCACACUCGCUGCCUUUUUACAUAAUUGGGUGUGAGCGUGCGCUGUGUAUAUAUGCUCCUUUUUUCCCUUUUCCAGUGCAAAAGGUUAUAGUUUUCAUUUUGAGACGAACUUUGUUGCUUUUGGGCGUGUUGGGUCCUCUCGCACUUUGCAGUGACGAGUGAUCCCCACUUUCUCGAUGUAUAUAUAUCCAUGUUUUCGUGCGUUUACGUGAAAAUGUUGGGAAGACGAAGGGAUAAUAGGGAAAAAAAAAAACAUUGUGUAUACAUUUUGUGUGGCAA